AUGGUGAAUCUGGUGCAGUCAAAGCAAAAUAAGGAAUAUAAGAACAAAGGCACUGCUGCUGGAAAAGAGAAAGAAAAGGAAAAGGAUAAUAACAGUUCAAAAUAUCUGAAACCAGUGGGAUUGAAAUGCUUCUUCUGGGUUCAUAAAGAGGAGGCUGCCAAGCAAGGAGGAAGUGAAGGUGUUCGUAGGCACUAG